AUGGCCUCGGUAGUACCUGUACCUGUAGUGACAGCAGCUGAAGACGGAAUUCGAGAAUUUCUCGCCACGACGUGCGGAGCGCCCUCUGCAGACGCCCACAUCUCCGCCGCGGACUUGAUCUCCUCUUGUCGUGAUGAUUAUGGUCGAGGAGGUCACAACACAGUAUUAUUUUUGCCGGUCGCGACGCAAGGCGGCUGUUCGUAUACCGUUGUUGUUGUCGUCGUCGUCAGCAGCAGCAGCAGCAGGAGCAGCAGCACGGAUCCUGGCGCAUCCCGACUCGUGCUUCAGCUGAGAAGCCUUCGAUAUGCUGUUGUGGGUGCCAUUUUACGAGACGCGGCACGAAUUUUUCCUCGGUGGGCGCCGAAGUUGAUCAGAGAUGAGAUUUUGGCGCUGGGUGGUGGUUAUUUGGGUGAUGGGGGGAUGAUGAUACAAGUUUUGGAAAUGUCUUUUGUGGGUGGGAUGAAGUUUGAUGAUGUUGUUGGUAUGGUACAUGAGAAGAUGCUGGGUGAAGUGGUGCUCUCCAAGUUGGAAAAUCUGCUUGGCGAUAUGGCCAGCUUCUUUGCGACUGCCUAUUACGAGGGGAUCAAACACGAGAAGAAGGAGGAGGAGGAGGAGGAGAAGGAUGAGAGCGACGAAGAGAACAGAAGAUCAUGGCAAAAGCAUAAAUGUACUGGCAUAAUCGGAUCUUCCAUCCCCCAACGACUGCAAUCCUUGGAACAACAUCUCCCUUCCCCAGAACUCCGCCACAUCGCACACAUUUCCCGUCAAUCGUAUGCGCAAGGCACAUUGGACAUGUUACCAAUCGUGCUCAACCACGGAGAUUUGUUGCCGUGCAAUCUUCUCGUGGAUCCCUCCACAUGGCAUCUCACGGGUGUGGUGGAUUGGGCUGAAGCGGAAUAUUUGCCGUUUGGAAUGACUCUCUAUGGGAUUGAGCAUCUGUUGGGUGGAUACAUGUAUCGGGAUAUGACAGAAAUGUCUCCCGGGGGAGAGGGCGGGGGCGGGAAGGAUAGUGCUAGUUUUGUGUUUUAUCAGGAAGCGAAUAUGUUGCGUGAGAUGUUCUGGAAUCAGUUACUUGGUCGGGUUCAUGUGUUUCGCAGAAGCGACAUGUGGCACGCCAUGUGCUUGUCACGUACGAUUGGGAUUCUCUUGUGGCAUGGAAUUGCGUGGGAUGGUGGGAAGAGGGACCGUGUCGUGGAUUAUCAGCGUGAUGGGGAGGAAGUGUCGUGUCUGGAGCAAAUGCUGGGAGUUACUUCUUCUUCUUCUUCGUCACAGUCGAGUAGUGGGCAGGCAGUCUGCGCUGUACAAGACGCAUUUUUAGGGUAA